CUCUCUCUGCCUCUCACCAGGAGCCCAGAUGGUAGUGACUGACCUGACAGAACCUGACAAGCGGGCAGAGGCCCUUGGCAAGCUGGGCCUAUGUUUUGGCAUUGGCAUGGUUGCCGGCUCCACCUUGGGCGGUACACUCAGCACACGCUAUGGGGAGACAUUUGCUGCUUGUGUAGCUGCUGGAGGGAGCUUCAUCAGCUUCCUGUUGGUUUGGACGUUUAUCCCUAAACACACUAAGAUACAAGCUCCACAGGACAACACAGACAAGAAGAGCAAUGCCAAGUCAGUCUUUGACCUGGGUGAGAUCACCAGACUGAUGAAGUACCCUGGUGUGGCCAAAACCUUCAUGGUCAAGAUCAUCUCAGGUCUGCCAUCAGGUAUCUUUCAGGUCAUGUUCUCUGUUAUCGCCAUGAACUUCUUCAGCUGGCGCCAGAGCAGAAUGGCUACCUUAUGGCCUACUUUGGGAUCGUGUCAAUGGUAAUCCAAGGAGGAGUGAUUGGCCGGCUGACCUCAAAGUACUCUGAGAACUCACUGCUUCUCCUCUCCAUCGGCAUGUCAAGUCUGGUGGGCCUGGCUCAGGU